GCGCGCCGCGGAGCAGUCAGUCGGUUCUCGUCCAUCGUGCGGAGCGGGGCGCAGUGAAGUUGGCGCGAGAGAACGACAGAGAACGCGAGUUUACGCGAUCGGACACACACAGUGACGAACCGUCGUGCCUCGCAGGCGUUCGUUCGGUUAUCUCGCGACGAUGCUCGUGUCGUGUCGCGAUCGCUAACGUCGCGUCGCGUCCCGGAAGGAAGAAAGGCGCGUGUCUCUCUUUCUCUCUCUUUCUUAAGGGGAGAGCGGUAAAGAGGAGAAGGAGGAGGAGGAGGAGGAGAAGGAGGAGAAGGAAGAAGAAGCACGCCUCGUGGACCCCGUGCGGCGGAUCGUGACCGUGAGACCGGAGGUGCGCGGUCGGCCAUUGUGCUUUCUUCGCGUGUCGCCGAUACGACCGCGCGGUGCUCUGCUUGUCAAUCGGUGUGUGCUUCUGUGUGUCGGCUAUACCGGGUGAGAUUUACGACGGAGAGAGAGAGAGAAAGACGCACGUACGCACGCCGGCUACUACUAUCGGAGCUUCGUCGCCGCCUCUGUUAAACGCAUCUCCUUCGACCCCCCCUGGCUCUUGUCAUCUCCUCCACGAUCAGGAUCGAGCAUGCGCGUGCACGGGAGCGAAUCCACGAGGCGGUCCACGCGAGUAACGCGUCGGUGAACGCGCGAGAGAAAUGAAAUGCGCGAGGGGAACCAUUAGGAAUCCGCCGCCCUCGGCGAAUGUCAUUCACCCUUGGUGCGCACCGUAAGAAGAAGAAGAGGAAGAGGAAGAGGAGGAGAAGGAGAGGAGUCGCGCCGCAGAAGAAGAGUGAGCGAAUAAGUGAGCGAAAUCGCGCACGCGAGAUCGGCAUUCCCGCGUAAUUCGUCGUCGAUCCGAAUCUCCUCCGCGUUUCGGCGACCAGUCAGUCAGCCAACCAGUCAACCAGCCAGCCGUCCGUUUUGGGGCCAGCGCGUAUUUCAUCGUCAGAAAAGUGAAAGGCACUUCGCCACACGUGGCGUCCCUCUCGAGCGAGCGCAUCCCGGAGUUCGCGCGAUAUUUUCGCGAGGUCACGUUAAAGGAGCACGCACACUCGGAGUCGUCCCGUCGUCCAUUAACGCCUCGAUGUAGCCUUGCUAUAUAACUUGUAUCAAAGAUAGCCUUUCGCCCUUGUAUCGCGAUAUUGUCACUAAUGCCUCGCGCGAACCUGAGCGCAAGGAUUCAAGAAUUACUCUCGAUCGACCGUCAAUUUCUCUUGUACUUGUUGUUGUAGCGCGAGUCUGAUUGCGAGUGCAGAUAACGAGGACAAAUUCUAUCUGGAUGACGCCAGUGAAAGGGCACGCUUGUCGAUGCUCGCGAGACGCCCUCGUCGCUCAUCGGGGGAGGAAUUGAUGGAAUGUUUGAUUGAGGAAGAAUCGAUGAUUGUGGGGAUCGUUAAUCGCGGCUCGACAGCGAGGAUGAUUGCGCGGAAUCCGCCGGUGACGAGCGUCGAUUAUGCGAUCAACGCAUACGACGAAUUUGAGCAUCGAGCGAUCUAAUUCCGUCGGAUUGGGAGAUUCAUGUACGCUGGAUUCAUGAACGGUGAUAAAGCUUCUUCCGUAACACUGCUAUUCGAUCCGUUGACUUCGCCUAUCGAAAGAUAAAAGAGAUCCUAGACUGAUAGAAUAUCUACCGACUGAUUAAACGGGAUCCGCCGAGGCGCCGAAUUUAUCUUGGCAUCAUCGGUUCUGACGCCAUCCACUUCGCGAUCGAUUUGGUCUUGAUAAAAAAUCAGCACAACGUCGUCUUUCACGAGAUACACUUAAACUAUUUCGUCGAUUAAUCUAAUUGCGAGCGACAACCUCAAAGCUAUUCAUCAGCAUCCUUGUUUGCGUCGCCGAGCCACUUGAAUGCAAGUGCGCAAUUUUUUCUUCCUUCAAGAGACUAAUACACGUGAUCCUUGAAGAAUUCUCCUGAGAAUUGAAUCGAUUCCAAAUAAGUUGAUUUCGACGAUCGAUCGAGUUGAGAGUUGACUGAGCAAGUGAAAUCGAAUGAAUCUCUCGCAUUGAGAUUCUUUCUCAUUCGAUUAGUGAUAAAGUUGCAGCAAAGGUCCGAAUCGAGAUACAUCGAGAGACAUAAUCGACUCCUCGCUCGUUGGUCCUCGGUGAAAGGGGACCGAUCGUGGACCCUGGUGGUGUCCCGGGGCCGCAGAUGGGAACUGGUCUGUUAGGACCCGACAGGGUGAUCAACCCCGUGUACCAGCAACGACAACAAUCAGACGUGCUCCUCGUCAACGUCAUUUGUCGACGUCGUCGUCGAUCACGAGGCCUCUUUUUCUCCCACCCGAUUCGGCCGCGCAAAUCCGAUCAAGCUGGAAUUGAUGGAGUUGGAGAACAUCGUCGCGAACACUGUGUACCUGAAAGCGAGAGAAGGCGGUGGUGACAGCAACAAGGGCAAGAGUAAGAAAUGGCGGAAGAUACUUCAGUUCCCACAUAUUUCCCAAUGCAUCGGCCUAAAAGAUAAACUGGACAUCAGGUACGGCUAUGUAGUGGACCAGCAGCCGAUCGGGAGGUUGCUCUUUCGACAGUUCUGCCAGGAUAAGAAACCGGCCUACCAUCGUUACAACCUGUUUCUGGACGCGAUCGAGAAGUACGAGAUCGAGCUAGAUGAAAACCGCAUCGAACGGGCGAAAGAGUUGUUCGAGCAGUAUCUGCGGGAGAGUUCGGAAGUGGUCGAUAUCUUGAACGACUCUCUGAUUUCCCAGUGCGAGGAACGACUCAGCACCGGCGGUAAAGAGCUCUUCGUCGAGGUCGCGCAGACUGUGAAGAACUUCCUUGCUAGCGAACCGUUCUCGGCCUUCCUCAACAGUUUCUAUUUCUAUAGGUAUCUCCAGUGGAAAUGGCUGGAAGCGCAACCAGUGACAUACAAGACCUUUCGAAUGUAUCGGGUGCUGGGCAAGGGCGGUUUCGGUGAGGUCUGCGCUUGUCAAGUACGCGCCACCGGUAAGAUGUACGCGUGCAAGAAAUUGGAGAAAAAGCGUAUCAAGAAGCGAAAGGGCGAAUCGAUGGUGCUGAUUGAGAAGAAUAUCCUGCAGAAGAUCAACUCCAAGUUCGUAGUCUCGCUCGCGUACGCGUACGAGACGAAGGAUGCGCUCUGUCUUGUGUUGACAAUCAUGAAUGGCGGUGACCUGAAAUUCCACAUUUACAACAUGGGCGGCGAUCCAGGAUUUGACAUAAAUCGUGCCCGAUUCUACGCGGCCGAGGUAGUGUGCGGUUUAGAGCAUCUUCAUCUUCAGGGUAUCGUCUAUAGGGACUGCAAGCCAGAAAACAUACUGCUGGACGACCACGGUCACGUGAGGAUAUCCGAUCUCGGUCUUGCGGUAGAGAUCACCGAGGGUGAUAUGGUGCGCGGUAGGGUUGGCACGGUGGGUUAUAUGGCGCCCGAAGUAAUCGACAACGAAAAGUAUACUUUUUCACCGGACUGGUUCAGCUUCGGUUGUCUGUUAUAUGAGAUGAUUGAGGGUCAGGCACCGUUUCGAGCCCGCAAGGAGAAGGUCAAGCGCGAGGAGGUCGAUAGACGCGUCAAGGAGGAUCAGGAGAGGUACUCGCCCAAGUUCAGCGAGGAUGCCAGAAGUCUGUGUCAGCAAUUGCUGAAGAAGAGUCCGAAGAACAGACUCGGUUGUAAAUGCGGCCGACACGGGGCAAAGGAGGUGAAGCUCCAUGGUUUCUUCCAAUGUUUGAAUUGGAAGAGGGUCGAGGCCGGUAUGUGGGAACCGCCAUUUGUGCCGGAUCCUCGCGCGGUUUACGCCAAAGAUGUUCUGGACAUCGAGCAGUUUUCCACAGUAAAAGGUGUCAAUUUAGAUGCUACGGAUGAUACCUUCUAUAGCAAGUUCAACACCGGCAGCGUGUCCAUUCCAUGGCAAAACGAGAUGAUAGAGACUGAGUGUUUUAAGGAGCUGAACGUACUAGGUCCUAACAACACGCCCACCCCAGACUUAUUGGUAAAUCAUACUCCGCCCAACAAUGAAGAUAGAGGGUGUUUCCCCUUUCGGAGAAAGAGAAAGCAGAGCGCUCGCACAAGGGAGGUUCCACUGUCGGAGUGCUAUCUGCAAGAGUUGUCGCAGACGCAGAGCUCGGAAAUGCCGGCCAGCUGAUCCAGGAUGAGCACAAGUAACAGCCUGAAUCAAUCGACGUCGUCGCCGUUUCGACACUGCUGCCGCGGUUGACGACGACGUGUGUCCAGAUGCUGCUGCUGCCAGCGGUUGCUGUGAUAAGAGCAAGCCGAUCUCUCUGAUUUUUCGACGGCAUCCGACUCCUCGGUAACUGUUUACGGACACGGCUCGUUUAAUAGGAAAUCACUACGAUUAUCCAAAGUGUCAUGAUCCCCGGCACACUUUCUUGGAUUUACUAGAUGGGAUCUGAAAUCCAUGCGGUAAGAACUCGCGCGAUUCUACACAUGUACGCAUAUACAUAGUCAUACGCGACACACGCCAGUAUUGUAUACAGUCAGGUGGUAGGUAUCUUCAUUACCAAAUAUAUCUUCCGAAGGGUACGACAUGCACUCUUGUGCGUAUAUCGACCUGCUUAAUUGAGCCUCAGUGUGUCUCGAUUUAUGAAUCACGAACGAAGAUUCAAGACGACAUAUGCAUAGAUGGUUAUCUUAUUCGGCAUGAUGACGAGGUACGUGUCAUUUUCCGAAUACGAGAGGUGUCUAACUUGUAAAAUGUAUCUUAUUUCUCAUUAUUUAUAAAAUGCUCGAAAUUUUCAAUCUUGAGUUUCGGCUAUUUUAAGUUAAAAAACAAUUUAGGAGAGAUGAGAAAAAUAAAUACAUUUAGGUGUAGAAAAAUGCAAGCGAAUGUGCAAUCAUUUGUGUAUGUAAACAUUUUUUAUAUGUACUUAC